UGGAGCCGAAAUCUGUGCCUUAACGUGAGUCCCGCUGCCCCGUGUGACCCGCUAUGGUGUACGGGACAGGUCCUCCACGCUCGUGGCGAGCAGACAGGCUUUGUCAAUCUUAACGUGGGGGGCUACAAGCAGCAGGUGGACCCCAGCACUCUGCUACGCUUCCCCCAGACCCGACUGGGCCGCCUUCUAGCCUGCCGCUCCGAGGAGGCCAUCCUGGAGCUCUGCGACGACUACAACGUGGCCGAGAAGGAGUACUACUUCGACCGGAACCCGCGCUUUUUCCUCUACGUGCUCAACUUCUACCACACCGGGAAGAUGCAUCUGAUGGAGGAGCUCUGCGUCCUCUCCUUCAGCCAGGAGAUCGAGUACUGGGGCAUCAAGGAGCUCCAUCUGGACUCCUGCUGCAGCAAUCGCUUCCACGAGCAGAAGGAGUACGCCGAGGAGAACGACUGGGAGCGUAGGAGCGACGAGCAGCAGCAUAGCCUCGACUCCUCCUUCGAGGAGCUCUCCCUCACGGAUAAAGACCUUGAGAAGUUUGAGGGCUCCUGGUGCUCCGAGGUCAGGAAGAGCAUCUGGCUGCGGCUGGAGAACCCCGGCUAUUCACGCUCGGCUAAGCUGCUCGCCGUGGCCUCCCUAUGCGUAGUCGUCACCUCCAUCAUAGCCAUGUGCGUCCACAGCAUGCCCGAGUUCCAGCGAUUCGACGCCAACGAGAAGGCGGUGGAGGAUCCCGUGCUGGAGGUCUUUGAGAUCGUCUGUGUCCUCUGCUUCUCGGUGGUCCUUGUGCGGCUGCUGGUGACACCUCGUCUGUGUAAGUUUCUGAGCAGUCCCCUCAACAUCAUCGACUUUGUGUCCAUCGUGCCCUUCUACGCCACCCUGGCGUUUGACUCGGCGGAUGAGGAAAGCGAGGAGAAUCAGGACCUGGAGAAUGUCGGCAAGGUGGUGCAGGUCCUGAGGCUCAUGCGCAUCUUUCGCAUCCUCAAGUUGGCCAGGCACUCGGUGGGCCUGCGCUCCCUCGGCGCUACCCUCAGGCACAGCUACCACGAGGUGGGCCUGCUUGUGCUCUUCCUCUCUGUGGGCAUCUCGAUCUUCUCCGUCCUCAUCUACUUCGUAGAGAAGGAGGAGGAGGAGUCAGAGCUGCACAGCAUCCCCGUGGGUUGGUGGUGGGCGACCAUCAGCAUGACUACGGUCGGCUACGGGGACACCUACCCCGUGAGCCUCGGCGGCAAGAUGAUUGCGACAGUGUGCAUCAUCUGUGGCCUGCUGGUGGUGGCCCUGCCCAACGUCAUCUUCAACAAGUUCUCCAAGUACUACCAGAGGCAGAAGUGCAUGGGUCAGGAGAACAGCCAGGUCGAAGGGCCACAUCCCGACCUUCGUACUUCAACGUCCGGACUCGUUCGGGCGGGAGACACGCUCAUUCCUGAGCAGCGUCUCCUCACGAGACAGCGGGACCGGCAGAGACGACGACACGGACGCUUCCGAAUCUGGAGACCCGGAAUAGAUCAGGAUUCUCCAGCCACCACUCGGGAGCCCCUCCAGCUAAAAGAGAUUAUAAUGGGGAGUGCGUGUUUGUCCGAGGAUAAGCGGGCAGGCGUGAGGGUGAACGGGCCGCACCCGUGCCGGUAACAGGAUUCCGAUAAUAGAGCGUUAACGUAACGGAGACACUGAGCCGUUUGAAGCGGCAUGACGUAUAUCUAAAGACGCUGUGUGUGAUAGACGGGACUGCAUGUGACUGCCAGGACUCGGUAUGGAAACACCGAUCCAAUAAAGUGUGACACACUGA